AUGUCGGACUCAACACCAGGCUCCCCGGACCGUGGUCCGGCCGUAUUUGCCGUGACCACAGCGACUCUAUGUCUGGCGACGCUGUUUGUGGCUGCCCGCCUGGUGACCCGGGUCGGCAUCGUUCGGCGCACGCGGGCCUGCGACCACAUGAUGACCCUGGCCUGGCUGAUUGCCGUGUUUCUGAGCACCAGCGUUAUUCUGGCCGCAAAGCGUGGGCUGGGCAGGCAUGAGAGGGACAUUGACCCGGAUAAGAGAAGUGGGUUGAGGAGGUGUGAAUACGUAUUUUCUGUUCUCUAUAACCCGGUCCUCAUGGCAACCAAAACGUCAAUUCUCCUGUUUUAUCUCAGGUUGUCCAAGCAGACGCAAAGGACACUCCGCCUGGCGUCAUGGGCGACGAUGGGAGUGGUCAACGUCGCGGGCACUGUCCUGACGUUCAUCAACAUCUUCCAGUGCCAACCUGUCCGCGCAGCCUGGGACAUCACGGUCCAACGGCAGAGAUGCAUUCCGUUGCUAACCGAGUUCAUCUGCUCGGCCCCGGUCAACGUCGUGACCGACCUUGCCAUCCUCGCCCUGCCGAUCCCCGUGCUCACGAGCAUGCGGCUGCCGCCGAGACAAAAAACCAUCCUGGUUGCGACGUUUGCUCUCGGCAUCUUUGUGACUGUCGUCGACGUGAUCCGUAUCUACUACCUCCAGCAGGCCAUCGACCGUGCUCCGACGGCCAGGUACGGCCAGAGCGACGACUUUUCGUGGAACGCCUCGCUCGCGCUGAUGUGGUCGGCCGUUGAGGUCAACGUCGGCAUCAUCUGCGCGUGUAUCCCUACACUCAAGCCGCUGUUCAUCCGCAUUCUCCCGGUCAUGCUCGUCGACGGCCGCGGCGCACAAGGGAGUAGUAGCACACUUGUCGGCGGCAGCAGCGGCAGGAAGGCCUCCAUCCCAGCCCCUUUACUGUUACCUACACCCCCUACCUCCGCCGAAUCCAUCUCGCCUGGAUCCGACAACCUGAACAACAGCAAUGAAGCCGACGACGACGAGAUCUCCAUCCGCGACUUCCUCUCCAACGCCGUCCCAGCUCCAGUCCCACCUCCACGCCCAUAUCACCAACAUCCGUCCAUGACCACGAUCACCACCACUAUACGCCGAGGCCCGAGGCAACUGACAUCAAGAACAACAAGGUCAAAAAGAAACCUCCAGUUCAUAUCCCUCCCCGCAACCUCCAAAUCCCUCCUCACUCUCUCCGCAAAAGAAAGCCUGCUCUACAGCGCCAUGGUGUCCUCUACCCUGUUCUUCCUCUGGGGGUUCUCGUACGGCCUGCUCAACUCCAUCAACAACGCCGCUGCCGCCGUCACGGGUAUGUCGGAGGCUCAGACGCUAGGCUUGACGGCCGUGUACUUUGGCGGGGGAUACCUUGCGGGGCCGGGGGCUGUUUUUGGAAAAGACAGGCCGUCGUCCAAACGCCGCGGUUGGAGGAUAGAGCGAAGAAGAAGCGGUUUGGACGUGUCGUCGGUUGGCUGGUUCAAGGGGACCUUCAUCGCCGGCGUGCUGGUCUACGGAAUCGGGACGAUUAUGAUCUGGCCCGGGGCGGUCGUCGGUGCCUACGGCGGGUUUGUGGCGAGUAGUUUCGUCAUCGGGUUGGGCCUGGCCGUGCUCGAGACUGCCGCCAACCCCUUUUUGGUGCUGUGCGGCCCGCCCUCCUAUGCCGAUGCCCGGUUGCUGCUGGCCCAGGGCGUCCAGGCCGUGGGGAGCGUGUUGAGCGGCGUGCUGGCCGACCGCGUCUUCUUUGAGGGGCUGCUGCUGCACGAGAACAGCGGCGGCGGCGGCUCAACGACGACACUGAUCAAUGUCCAGUGGACCUAUCUCGCCAUCACGCUGCUCGCGGCGCUGCUGGCCCUCUUCUUCUACUACAUACCGCUGCCCGAGGCGAGCGACGCCGAUUUGGCCGAGGCGGCAGCGCGCCUUCCCGUCGACUCCAAACAGAGAUCCGUCGGGGGCAUCCCGCUGCGGACAUGGGCGCUCGCGCUGGCGGUGUUUUCCCAGUGGUGCUACGUCUCGGCGCAGGAGACCAUGUCGCUCUUCUCUGAGCACCUGCUCACCUCGUUCGCCUCAGAAGACCCCAUGACCGGUCCCUCCUCCACCACAACCACCACCGCCGCCAGCACCCACCAACACCAUCACUUCCUGAACCUAACCCUCUCCCUCCCCAACACCCUCCUCCUCUCCCACGCGCUUUUCGCUUUCUCCCGCUUCCUAGCCGGAUCAAUAUCCCUCCUCUCCGCCAAAACCAAACUUACCAAUAAAUCACACCACCCCAUCUCCCUCCUCCUCCUCCGCCUCCUCCCCACCCCACGAACCCUCCUAACCCUCUCCAUAACCCUCUCCACCACUUCCGCCCUAACCCUCGUCCUCCUCCUUCUCCUCUCCCCUUCUUCAAAGUCAAAUUCAACCAACAUGAAUACCAACCCCCACCUCACCUCGAUCCCCCCCCUCCUCCUCUUCCCCUUCUUCUCCGCCCCAAUCUGGCCUCUGCUUUUCAGCCUGGGCCUGCGCGGGCAAGGCUCCAACACCAAAUCCGCCGCUGCGUGGAUCACGGCAGGCGGGUGCGGGCCUGGCGCGUGGGUUUUUGUGUCGUACGCUAUUAUCCAUCAUCAUCCGAGUCAAAAUAAUGUGCAGGUUGGGAUGGUUGUUGUUUUCGUCGUUGUUUCUGUGCUCACGGCUGUGGCGGGGGUGUUUCCUGCGUUUUUGGGGGUUGUGAAGCCGGCGAGGAAGUUGGUGGAUGCUUAUACUUCUGUGUCUGUGUCGGAGGGCGGCAACAUUGAAGGUGGGACGAGAGAAGAGGGAAGUGAUGUGGAGGGUCGGGUCGGUCGAAAGGAUGGGGGAGAAGGGGGUUUGUUGGCCCAGCGCCUACGGCCGAGUCGGCCUGGCGGUGUGAGGUCGUUGUCGGGGUAUCUUAACUCGAAUUGGACGACGGCCUCAUCGGAUCAGCAGGAGGCACAGUUACCACAGCGGGCGCCCUGGGAGAACGAAGUCCUGGAUACGAGCAUGUUGCGGGAUCGAGCUUGAGCGUGAAUACCUAUGACACGGACUGGAAAGGGGUAGACUAAUGCGGAGAAAAGGGAGGCAUUAGGUUUCCAUGUCUUGGUGGC